UCGGCGGCCGGUGGCGGGGGCUGCUCGGCCGUUGGAGGCGGAGGAGAAGCAAACGGCUGUUUUCUGAGGCGCCCCUCCCCCCCUCCGCUUUGCUCCCCUCAGCGGCCGCUCGGAGAGGCGACGACGCGACGGGAGCCGCUGCCGACCGAUGAGAUGUGCAGCAUUGUGUGAUCAUCUGAUAAUUCCUAGAAGAGGACGAAUUUGCUGCAUGUGGAGGAAAUUUCCUGUUAUUAAAAAAACGUAAGUGCUAAGCCAUCUUCACCAAUAUGGGGUCAGAAAAUCCAAGCCCGCAAAAUCCCAGCUGCAAAAUUAUGACGUUCCAUCCAACACUAGAAGAAUUCCAGGAUUUUGGGAAGUACAUUGCUUACAUCGAAUCACAAGGGGCUCACCGGGCAGGGCUUGCUAAGGUGAUCCCUCCCAAGGAAUGGAAGCCCCGGAAGAGUUAUGAUGACAUCGACAGCAUGGUGAUCCCUGCUCCCAUUCAGCAGGUGGUGACUGGCCAGUCUGGUCUCUUCACCCAGUACAAUAUUCAGAAGAAACCCAUGGAGGUUGGAGAGUAUCGGCGCGUGGCUAAUAGUGAGAAGUACUGCACUCCGCGUCAUCAGGAUUUUGAUGAUCUGGAACGCAAAUACUGGAAGAAUUUGACUUUUGUCUCCCCUAUAUAUGGGGCGGAUAUCAGUGGCUCACUGUAUGAUUCGGAUGUGGAAGAGUGGAAUAUUGGGAAUUUGAACACUCUCCUUGAUAUGGUGGAACGUCAGUGUGGGAUUAUCAUAGAAGGCGUGAACACCCCCUACCUCUACUUUGGGAUGUGGAAGACCACGUUUGCGUGGCAUACGGAGGACAUGGAUCUCUACAGCAUCAACUACCUGCAUUUUGGAGAGCCUAAAUCAUGGUAA